AUGUCAACAACAAUAGCAAACACUGGUUUCAGGCUGGGCGACGAGCAACAAUUUUCAGAUGCAAGCGACAGCGACCAAUCACAAGCCAGCCGGCGGAGCCUCUCGCCAUCGCGAACCAACGGUCAGGGACCGGUACCCGCGCCAAAGUCGAAGAAAAAGAAGCAAAAGGAACGACGCAAAAUGGGCGCACUGGCAGACGAACUAGUCGACGUCCUAGGUGAUGCCUUUUCGGCAAACAGCGCCGAUCCCAAACCGCAAACCGACUCGGCUCAGCCACCAUGCGGCGAUCAGAGCAUGGCGCUGGAUCCUGAACCUGCAGGAAAAAAGAUGAGCAAACGCACUCGUCAGAAUCUCGCCAAGAUGCAGGCUCGCAAAGAGAGGAAUCUGGCUAACCCGACCAUGAAAGAUAUCGGGGAAGACAAGACGCUUCAGGCGCAGGCUAAGGCUGCCGAGAGGAGAGGUUUGCCGCUGGACAAGUACCUCAAAUUGCGCGAGUCUGGCGCCGGCAAGAACGCUAUCAGGGCAUCUAGGAGGAAAAAGAAGGCCGAGAUCAGAGAGCAGAGAGCUGCUGCUGCUGCCGCUGCUGCCGCUGUGGGGGAUGAGAUGGAGAUGUGUUAA